AUGAGCUCUUCGGAAACUACUGCGCCGGCCUCGAUCGUGCGGCCGGGGCGCGCGCCGGAGGGUCCACCCGGAUGGGAGGAUGAGCGCAUCCGCAAGGAGCAGGCAGCUGCCGAGCAGAGGCAAUCCGAUCAGGCGGGCGGAGCGGGCGGCCUGCAAAGCAUGAAGGACCGGUUGCACAAGAUUGGCGAGAAGCUGGACCUGGUUGAGCCCAAGGAUCCCGCGCAGCAGACGCAGGCGCAGCAGCAGAACGCGAGCACAGGUCCAGAGUUUGCGCCGCAGCAAGAGCGAUGA